AUGGAAUCAGAUUUCGCGAUGCUAGUUCUAGGAAGCAACGAUCCACUGGAAUGCAUAUCAAUUAUAUACCAAUUCACUAUGAUGUUCAAUGAAUAUGAUAUAUCUGAAUGUAGAAUGAUCAUCAUUCCUGCUUUUGUUGAAAUGAAUUGGUGUGCUUACUAUUGGGACAUGGAAGAACUCAGAAUGCAUGUUCUAGAUCCAAUGUAUGCAAUGCCCAGAGAUCAAAUAUUAGAAGAUAUACACAAAGUGAACAUUGGGAAAAUCCAGGAUUGUCUAGAGAAAGUUGUGGGCUUGCUGUUCGAAGGUUGGACAGUCAGAUGGUCUGAUUUCAGGGCUCACUUUGUCGGACCAAUAAUAUCUGGGUCACCGAGGGUACCUGAAGGAAUCCUGACACUACUGGCUAUUAAAGAGUUCGAUGGAACUAAAUAUGUGGAAACUCAGAGUGAGGAAUCUGUAGAGGAGUUCACCAAAAUGAUUCUGUACGAGAUGGUGUCUUUAGAAGGAAACUAUGGGAAACUACCAGAGGCUUUUAUUCAAUCACUAACCUAAGUAGAUGAUAUCUACAGUACUAUUUCUAUUUGUUAGGGUGAUUACAUUGUAGUAGACGUUGAUGUAAUACAUUUGUUAUGGCCACGUUAGCUUCUCCAAUAUCCGUGCGACGAC